ACCCCCCGCGAGGAAAAUGCCGGUGCAGCAGCUGCUGGUUGGACGACUUUGCCAGAGGAGCUCAGGGGCCCUUCUGCCAAGGGACCUCGCAGAAAGCGGCCGGAAUCUCCCUGCCAUGGACGGCCACUUUCCUCCCGCUCGGUCUUCCUCCUGAAGUGGGUGAUGGAGAAAUUCCUCAUCCCAGCAGUUCCUGGACCCACCCCGGAGAAGGCCCCGGGGCCCAGGGCCACGGAGGAGGAGGAGGAGGGGGCAGACUCUGCCCAGCAAGGCAGCCCGAAGGAGCAAGAGAGGAUGAGCCCCUUGCCAGGCAUGCCAUGGAAGAAAAUCCGGGCAGAGGGGCUCAUCUGUGACUAUACCACCCUCUAUGGCAGAGCCCAGGCGGACGAAAUCUUCCAGCAGCUCGAAAAGGAAGUGGAGUACCUUGAAGGUGAAUUCACCAAGUUGCAUAUCUUCGGGAAGUGGCAUGAAAUCCCGAGGAAGCAGGUGACCUACGGGGAUGCUGGGCUCACCUACACUUACUCUGGUGUCACCUUUUCCCCCAAGCCCUGGAUUCCAAUUCUGAAUCGCAUUAGGGACCGUGUCCAGCUGGUCACCGCACACACCUUCAACUUCGUUUUGAUAAACAGGUAUAAAGAUGGGCGUGACCACAUGGGAGAGCACAGGGACGAUGAGAGGGAGCUGGUUCCCCGCAGCCCUAUUGCCUCUGUGUCCUUUGGUGCCUGCAGGGACUUCAUCUUCCGCCAUGGGGCUUCUCGGGGCAAAAUUGCCUCCCGACGAAUCGCGCCAGUCAAGUUGCAGUUGGAUCAUGGCAGUCUGCUAAUGAUGAACUUCCCCACCAAUCACUACUGGUACCACAGCCUGCCCAGCCGCAAGAAAGUGCUGGCACCCAGGAUCAACCUGACCUUUCGGAAAGUUAGGACUCUCUAGCUCCCAGAAGCAGGGGAAGGGGCGUGUGUGUGUUGGGAGAAGCGAAGCAUCUUUCCACCCUUGGCUGCAGCCUGGGUUUACCGCUCCCUUUUCUUGAAACCUAUCUGGACUCAAAACUGGGCUGUUGUAAUCACAGGCUCUGUUUGCACAACCUUAUGCAGUCCCUGGAUCCUCUAACCAAGCUGUAUUUGUGGCUCUGGUUUACCUCGGAUUUACUCCCUCUCUAAUCAGCCAGUCAUACUUUAUCCUGGAGGGCUGUGUGAACCUGGCCUGUGGCAUAAUGUAUCCUGUGAACCAAGAAAAUUGGGUUAACUGAAUAAACCAGA